AUGCUUUCCAAGUCGUUCCUGGCGCUGGCUUUGCUUGCUUCACAGGGGCUUGCAAAGAAGGACUGGGUAAAGGGCAAAGCCUUCGAUCGCAUCGCAAUCAUCUGGCUCGAGAACACCGACUAUGACCUCGCGAUUGGAGACCCGAAUUUGGCUGCGCUGGCGAAGAAGGGUAUCACUCUGACCAACAAGUUCGCCGUAACCCAUCCUUCCAUGCCCAACUACGCCGCUGCCGUCUCUGGCGACUACUAUGGCGUCAAUCACGACGAUUUGAUCAACAUCCCUUCGAACGUCUCGACUGUCGUUGAUCUAUUGGAGGACAAGGGUAUCAGCUGGGGAGAGUACCAAGAGGAUAUGCCGUAUACCGGAUUCCAAGGCUUCUCCUACCCCAACCCGAAGACUGGCGCGAACAUGUAUGUGCGCAAGCACAACCCCGCUGUGCUAUACGAUUCGGUCGCGCAGAAGCCGGAAAGAUUGGCGAACAUUAAGAACUUGACGCUGUUCCAAGACGACCUGGAGAACGACAAGCUGCCGCAGUGGAUGUUCAUCACCCCGAACAUGACGAGCGAUGGCCACGACACGACCGUCACGGUUGCUGGCACUUGGACUCGCAACUUCCUUGAGCCGCUGCUGGACAAUACGAACUUUAUGAAGAAUACCCUCGUGGUUGUGACCUUCGACGAGAGCCACUCCUACGCUCAGCAGAACCGCAUCGUAGGCAUCUUGCUUGGAGACGCCAUCCCGAAGAAGCUCGUCGGUACCACGGACGACACGUACUACAACCACUACAGCGGGCUGUCCACGGUUCAAGCCAACUGGGGCCUGCACAACCUUGGCCGCUGGGACGUUGGUGCCAACGUGUACAAGUUUGUUGCUGAGAAGACGGGCGAUGAGCUACGAAAAUGGAGUGGCGCGGUUCCGCUCUCACAGAUGUUCUUCAACGUCAGCUACGCCGGCAAGCUGAACGACAAGAACACCUCCGUGCCCUGGCCAGUGCCCAACACUCAGGCGAAGCACGCUGGUAGGACAGUGUUGCCGGCCGUUGUGCAGACGUGGGGAAAGCUGUUGAACCAAUCUGCGUAUACAAAGGGACUUGAGAUCCCUGAUGGCAUGCACCCCGAGGGGGAGUUCAAGUAG